AUGUUUGCACUGGUCCCGAGAGGCGGUGUUGCAAUCAGCCAGAGGGGAGGGCUUAGCCCAAGCACCAGCUAUUUCUCACGUGACACCCCCCUCCCUCCCACACCCCCACAGAGUAUUAAAGCUGGCCUCCUGGCAGUGGCCAGAACGAACUCAGUCCACUGCGCUCCCAGAACUUUGGAGAGAGCAGCGCGAGCGGCUUUGGGCACUACGGACCGGACCAAGGGAAGCGCAGACAGGAGCCGGGACAGGCGAGCGAAGAAAGAGGAGAUCGCGAUUGAAGUGGUCAAGGCAGAACAGCCCGACAGCAUGUCUCAAGAUUUGUCAGAGGCUCUGAAAGAAGCCACAAAGGAGGUUCACACCCAGGCUGAGAAUGUGGAAUUCCUGAAGAGUUUCCAGAAGGGGCAGGUGCCCCAGGAAGGCUUCAAGAUGAUGAUGUCUUCCCUGUAUCACAUCUACUUGGCCUUGGAAGAGGAGCUGGAGCGCAACAAGACCCACCCUGCCAUCACCCCUAUCUACUUCCCUGAGGAGUUGAACCGCAUACCUGCCCUGGAGAAGGACAUGGAGUUCUGGUACGGCCCCCAGUGGAGGGAGAACAUCCCAUACACGGCAGCCACAGAGAAGUAUGUGAAUCGGUUUCAUGACCUGGGCCACACUGAGCCCGAGCUGCUGGUGGCCCACGCCUACACACGUUACCUGGGGGAUCUCUCUGGGGGUCAGAUCCUUAAGAAGAUUGCCCAGAAGUCCCUACAGCUCCCCAGCACAGGGGAAGGGGUGGCCUUCUUCGAUUUCCCAGCCAUUACCAAUGCCACCAAAUUCAAGCAGCUUUACCGUUCCCGAAUGAACACCAUCGAGAUGAGCCCAGACACCAAGAAGAAGGUGGUAGAGGAGGCACAGACAUCCUUCCUCUUGAACAUCCAGAUGUUUGAGGAGCUGCAGGAGUUGUUGUCCAAGAACCAGGAGAACAGAAACAUUUCUGGGAAGCAGGAGCUUCGAAAAAGAGCCGGCCACAAAGAACAAGGCCCGACUUCCACAGAGACCACUGCCCCAAAACCCCAGCAAAGUCUCCUGUCCCACUCGCCCCUCCUCCGUUGGAUCCUUACCCUCUCCAUCAUAGCCACUGUUGCUGUGGGCUUCUAUGCCAUGUGAAUGAAACAGAAAAGACACUUUGGGGUGACCUGCGGGGCCUCCCCUACUGAGCCUACAGACUGCUUCCAGUCCACGAAAAUUCACUCGAUGGGCCUUCUCAGGUCACUGUGGGUCAGGUUCCCCUUCACUGGAAAAGACAGCGAGGAGCCCCACACUGACCCAAAGCACUUCUGGCCUGAGGAACCUGAACUUUUAAGGGGGCCUCAGUGGCCGCCCACAGAUGUAGCACUCUCCCAUCUCCUACCAAGAACCCCCUGAAGAGACUAAACUUCCAGCCCUGAGAAAUGACCUGCCGAACCCAGCUCCUGGUCCCCCCCUCCAGCAUCCCUGUUUGACCCAGGAGUGACCACUUUCCCUUUGGCCUCUAGACUGGUUUUUGCUUUUGCAUUUCAGAAUGUUGUGUCUUGUUAGAAGCCAGUUUUAUGUAGCAUUUUAUCUGGUCUGGUUUUCAAUGUUUGGGCUUUUUUUUUGUUUGUUUUGCCCAGGGUCAGGGUGGGGAGGUGUUUUGCCUCAUUUUCUUGGGUGUGUGUGUGUGUGUGUGUUUUUAAAUAAUGGUUCCAAUGUCCUUGAGCCUGUCUUUAUAAACUUUCAAUAAACAGUGUUGUCUUAACUUCUGA